AUGGAUAACAAAACAAUCUUCGUUCUUCUCCUCUCCCUCGUUAUCUUCCCUCUCUACGCGUCCGAGGCGGCGCCUAUGGGAGGUUGGAGUCCCAUUAGUGACGUUAAGGAUCCUCACAUCGUAGAAAUUGGGGAAUUUGCUGUCUCUGAAUACAACAAGCAGAACACAGCGGGACUAAGGUUUGUGGAGGUUGUUAGCGGAGAGUGUCAGGUAGUCGACGGCAUGAUGUACCGGCUUAUUGUGGCGGUUAAUGAAGGCAUAGGCAUAGCCGGCUUAGGUGAGAGGAAGAAGUACGAGGCGGUUGUAUGGGAGAAGCCGGGGUCGAAAACUAUGAAUCUCAAAUCCUUUAAGCAUGUCAUGUAA